AUGUCUCAACAACAGAAGAAACCCUUCAGGUUUUACAUUAUGUGGGUUCUUUCACCUGACUUCCUACCAAUUGUAGAAAGGAACUGGAGCAACUAUGUGUAUGGGUGUCACAUGUUCAGAAUAGUCACUAAACUCAAGUGGAUCAAACAUGAUCUGAAGCAAUUGAACAAAGGUGGGUUCAGUUCAGUGGAAGCUGACCAACUAAACCUUCUGACCCUCUCCUUGCUUCAGAAGAGAAAGAGGUGGCUGCUUCUUUCAGGAUUGCUCACAAAAAAUACCUAUCUUACCUGCAUCAAACUGCCAAACUGCAUUGGUUGGAACAUGGAGAUGAGAAUACCAGAGCUUUUCACCAAAGCAUCAAACAGAGAAGAAAACAUAAUCAGAUUCACUCUAUCUAUUCAGCAGAUUGAUGGUACCUGGGUCAAUUCUCCUAUUGAGGUUCAAUCAGCCUUCACUGAUUUCUAUGGUGAGUUGUUUUGUUCUAACAUGACUCAAAAAGCUCAUGUAGACCACAACAUUAUGGAUAAAGGUCCAAGACUCAGUGAGGAGCACAAAAUGAAGCUAGAAUGUAGUUUCACCUUGGAAGAUGUCAAAAGAGUAUUGCACUCCAUUUCAAACAACAAAGCACCAGCCAUCAUGGACUUCUUCAAUACUGCUAAGAUCUUAAAGGAGGUAAAUGUUACUUCUAUCACUUUGGUUCCAAAAGUGAGUGUUCCUGCCUCAGUUGGUGAUUUCAGACCCAUUGCAUGCUGUAGUGUAAUUUAUAAAUGCAUUUCCAAGUUGUUGUGUGAAAAACUAGGCUCUGUGUUACCUGAUGUGAUCUCCAACACCCAGGGUGCCUUUGUUUCUGGAAGAUCCAUAUUGCAUAAUGUUAUGGUGUGUCAGGAUAUUAUUAAAAUGUAUAGAGGUAGCCAGAAACAGCCAAAUUGCUUCAUGAAGCUGGAUCUCAGGAAAUCUUAUGAUACUGUAGAGUGGGGGUUCAUUGCUGAAGUCAUGACUGAUUUGGGUUUCCCUGAACACUUCAUUAAAUUAAUCAUGACAUGUCUUUCUACCACUCAGUACUCUCUCCUGUUAAAUGGUGUUCCCUCUUAG